ACAGCCGGAGUCAGUGGGCGAGCCGGGAGCGGCAGAGGUCACUGCAGGGAGGCGGGGCGGGGGCAGCAUGGCAUCCUCCUUACGGCUCCGUGGAGCCGCCUCCGGCCUCCGGUACUGGAGCCGCCGGCAGCAGCCGGCAGCGGCCAGCCUUGCACCGGUGUGUUCUAGGUCAAUGGCUUCUAAGACUCCAGUUGGAUUCAUUGGACUAGGCAACAUGGGGAAUCCAAUGGCAAAAAAUCUCAUGAAACAUGGCUAUCCGCUCGUUAUUUAUGAUGUGUUCCCUGAUGCGUGUAAAGAGUUUCAAGAGGCGGGUGAACAGGUAGUGUCUUCCCCAGCAGAUGUAGCCGAAAAAGCUGACAGAAUUAUUACAGUGUUGCCCACCAGUAUCAAUGCAAUAGAAGCUUAUUCUGGAGCAAAUGGAAUUCUAAAAAAAGUGAAGAAAGGCUCACUAUUAAUAGAUUCCAGUACUAUUGAUCCUGCGAUUUCGAAAGAAUUGGCCAAAGAAGUUGAGAAAAUGGGAGCAGUUUUCAUGGAUGCCCCUGUUUCUGGUGGUGUAGGAGCUGCUCGGUCUGGGAACCUCACGUUUAUGGUGGGAGGAGUUGAAGACGAAUUUGCUGCUGCCCAAGAGUUGCUGGGGUGCAUGGGCUCCCAUGUCGUGUAUUGUGGAGCUGUUGGGACUGGGCAGGCUGCAAAGAUCUGCAACAACAUGCUGUUAGGUAUUAGUAUGAUUGGAACUGCUGAAGCUAUGAAUCUUGGAAUCAGGUUAGGCCUUGACCCAAAACUAUUGGCUAAAAUUCUAAAUAUGAGCUCAGGACGGUGUUGGUCAAGUGACAGUUACAAUCCUGUACCUGGGGUGAUGGAUGGAGUUCCUUCAGCUAAUAACUAUCAGGGUGGAUUCGGAACAACACUCAUGGCUAAGGAUCUGGGAUUAGCACAAGACUCUGCUACCAACACAAAGAGCCCAAUCUUUCUGGGAAGUCAAGCCCAUCAGAUCUACAGGAUGAUGUGUGCAAAGGGCUACUCAAAGAAAGACUUCUCGUCCGUGUUCCAGUUUCUACGAGAGGAGGAGACCUUCUGAGUUUGCACCUUGGCCGUGGACACUGUUGGAAACCAAACUCUGUCUCAGAGCCUCCUUAGAGCUCACUCCACAAGUAAAUGGGCUUAAUCAAAGGUCACCUGCCUGCUUUUGAUUGUCUAGGUCACAGUAAACCCCAGGAUUUUUCACCCACUUUUAACUGCUUAUUCUUUUUAUCUAUUUAGCAAACAUAUAUUAUCUAUAAUUUUUUUUCUGCAAGCCACUGAUGGUCUCUGCUAACUAGCUGACUGACCUUUCUCAAAAGUUUGAUCCCUGAAUGUCUUCAACUAAAUCAUUGCAUACUUCAAUCAGGAUAUUAUUUACUCCACUUUAUAAAUAAAACCAAAUACUCUUUCAACGGGAUGAAACCUAUCUUAAAGGAAGGAAAAGAAAUUGGUGUGAGCAAAGGAGUUAGGGAAAGGAGAAGUCUAGUGAAUUACUACCUGUCCUCCUCAGGAAGUUUGUCCUGUUAACCAAGUGGUGGUAUUCUUGCAUUACUGAGGUUACUGAUUUACUUUCCAGGGAGUUGACAGAGCAAGAGAACACCUGGCUGCAUGUCUUAUAAUUUGGAUUCCGUUACAGUAUCUUAGUGUGUCCCUCUUGUAACGACUCCCAAUACUCAGCAAACUUGUUCUUAUAUUUUGCUUCCUUGUACUUUCUUACUACAUAUUUUUUGACUUCAAGUGAAUGACAUCUUUAGACCUCUUUCAGAGCCAAGCAGAUAUUUGCUUUAGAUAAUUAUUACAUUAUUCUAAAUAUAACCAUAUUAUUUUGAAUUCAAAUAAAUUUCUAUGCUGAUAAUACUUUA